AUGAUUUCAAAGGUGGCAAUUCUUGCCUUGCUUUUUGCAUGUUGCAUGUUGAUGAUUGCUUUUACUCAAGCAACAUCACCUGCUGGUUUGAGAUACAGAUAUGUUGAAAAUUUGAAGGAGGAAGAAUUGGCUGAUGAAGUUUUUGAUCUUCUUGCUGAUAAGCUUGCUCAUGUAGUUUCAUCUAGUCAAUCUCGUACUGGUUCUUACAAUCCUGAUACCAAGUCUCAUGGAAAGGCUUUUGUUGUUACUCCAGGCAUGAAAGGUGGAAACUAUAGAACUCAUUCUGAUAAAGCAUUUGUCAUGACAUCUGGCAUGAGAGGUGGAAAUUACAGAACAAACUCUGAUAUUAAAGCCUUUGUUAUGACUCCAGGCAUGAGAGGUGGAAAUUACAGAACCAGUUCUGACAAGGCAUUUGUCAUGACAUCUGGCAUGAGAGGAGGUAACUAUAGAACAAACUCUGAUAUUAAAGCCUUUGUUAUGACACCAGGUAUGAGAGGUGGAAAUUACAGAACAAACUCUGAUAUUAAAGCAUUCGUCAUGACACCAGGUAUGAGAGGUGGAAAUUACAGAACCAGUUCUGAUAAGGCAUUCGUCAUUACAUCAGGAAUGAGAGGAGGUAACUAUAGAACAAAUUCUGAUAUUAAAGCCUUUGUUAUGACACCAGGUAUGAGAGGCGGAAAUUACAGAACCAGUUCUGACAAGGCAUUCGUCAUGACAUCUGGCAUGAGAGGUGGAAAUUACAGAACAAACUCUGAUAUCAAAGCCUUUGUUAUGACACCAGGUAUGAGAGGAGGUAACUAUAGAACCAGUGCUGAUAAGGCAUUCGUCAUGACUUCUGGUAUGAGAGGUGGAAACUAUAGAACUAAUUCUGAUAAGGUUGCUUAUGAAGUAACUCCUGGAAUGAGAGGUACAAUUGGUCACACUACCUAUAAUCCAGGUACAGUUAACCAUGGAAAGGCCUAUGUUGUUAGAAAAUAA